ACAAGAAAGAAGAACAGGAGAGAGCAGAACAACUGCAAGCCAAGAUGGCCGAAGUGAGGAUUGCCAGCAGGGCGACUGUAGCAGAUCGCUCUAGUGGUGGAUUCUUUAUCAGGAGGCUGGUCUCUCCCGGAGCUGUGGUGGAGAAGGGCGGCGUCAAGCCGCUGGUUCGACGGGAUCCAUUGCCGUCUAGCAACAAGGAGAACGUGCCGCCAGCAUGGGCAGCGUGGACUGCGCCGAAGAGGAGGAGCGCUCUGCCCGAGUGGUACCCGAGGACUCCACUCCGCGACAUCACAUCAGUCAUCAAGGCUGUUGAGAGGAAAAAUCGCCUGCGAGAUGCUGCGGCUCGGCAGCUCCAGUGGGAUGAAGACUCCACCUCGCAGUCUGGUGAUGCAGCACAAACAGACCAGGGUUUUCAGCAAAGCGCACCACCAACAGAUGAGACUCUGGCUGUCGUCACCUCUGGCCCUGCUGCCUCAGCUGAAGCUGUUGCAACGACAUCGUCAGCAGCCUGCUUGGCCGAGGGCACGCUUGGGGUAUCUGAUGGCUGCUCCUUGCAGACUCCAUCCAGACCGUGUGACCCCCCGGCUCCCGCUUGUGUCGUGGAGCAGCAGCUGGCCAACUCCAUAGAACAGAUUGAGAAGAUGGUGCGCCAGAACCUGAAGCGAGUUGAGCCCAAGGCUGCUCGGCCUUCCAAGACCCCGGCUGUGCAGAGGCGCACCCUGAUGUCUAUGAGAUGA